AUACUACGUAGUUUAUCCGUGGAGAGGAAAAGAUUGAGGUGCGUGUAAAUGUCGCUCUUCCGUUUUUGCAGAUUCCGCGCAACGCGUUCGGUCGGAAGUGUUGACGGGCGAUCUAUGUAAGGUUUUUUUGAGUGACGUCUGCCUCUUCAGCCAAAGUUUAGGCCUGUUUUUAAAGGGAGUUGUGACUUCGUUUUACCUGAAACGUUUGUUAAUAUAACUUCAGCCGAAUUUUCUCUGUUUGUUAGUGACGAUGCUUUUACUAUCAGCUGUGCAUUGGAAAACCGCAAGUUUCUUUGGUUUUUUUCUACGAUUUUACGUUAUUUAAUAUUUUAAGCUGCUUUCGCCGAGGACAAAAGUAGUUCCAUAUUUUUGUUACGGAAACUCAUGAAGGAGGUUUAGACUGAUUUAUUAAACACUGAGCUGGUUUUAACAACAAAGGAAACUGUACCACUCGUUCAAGAAAUUCAACAUCGUGUGAUUAUGUUUAAUGUGCUUUGAAGUGAGAUGUCAUAAACAGAUGAAUAAAUGAGGCUUAACAUAGGAGCCAACGAGUAAUGUUCUAUACUAGAUGCUAUCUUUCUGAUCCAACGUUUGAAACACGCUCAGCUAACACAGGAGGGCACACUGAAGAGGCUCGUUUACCACCGGGUUUUGAGAAAGAAAAUCCAUUGGACCUAUCUUUCAAACCCGUUUGUCCGACUCCGAACAGUGUCGUGGAAGCUGAAGAAAUGUUUUACCUCGAGCAGCGGAAAUUUGCUGGAUUGGAUGGCUCUCAAGGACUUCCACCAGGACUACAUAGGCACAUUUCGAGCAUAGGAGGAUCAUCUGGAACUUUAUUGGAUCCGACUCUUCUCAGAUUGGGCUAUAGAACAGAUGCCGCCUUGGGUGGCAUGUUGGGCACCAAUAUGUCAUCACCAUUUUGUGUGGAUAGAACACCAGUUUCAUCAUCAACACCAGCUUUUGGAGCUCACCAUUUGAUGAACAGUGUUUUCCAUCAACGGGAACGAUGCUUGGAUCAGCAUGGUGGUAUAUGUGGAGCGGUGCGACCCCCCACACAGCAUUUAUCACCAUUUUUCGAACCUUCACCAUUAUCUGUACCUCUUCGACCCACCAACAGUGGCAUACCUGAGGGGAACCCUAACUUGGGACCAAGAAGUUUCUAUGGACAAAACAAUCCAAACUCUUUUGGAUUACCAAGUUUCUCGUUAUACCCUGAACGAAAUGAAGAAAAGGGGGCUUUUGUGGCUCUUCGCCCUGGUGCUGAGAAGAGUGUGUUGAAUGGCACUCCACUCGACGCAACAAGUUACGCUGAGCAUCUUCAACGUCUGGGAGAACAUCACGUGCAGCAGAAGAAAUGUGUAGGUGCAUGCUAUUCUCAAUCCUUUGGUAGCUUGGGUCAACCUCCCAAUUCCUGUUCGUGUUGCUUGUCUCCACAAACGACUUUCUGUGGUCGUGGUCCAAUAGGUUGUUUGGGAAAGGAACACCCUUGUGAAAAGAUAUGUAAUAGUACUUGCGGAUACUUCAACCCUUCUCUAUCUUAUCUGGGUCAGCAUUCGGCCACAAGCGACGUUCAUUUGGCAAUGAAUCCCUACUACUCCAAUUUUCCAGAACCUGUAAGAAGAGAGGAAUCCUUCGGUUCAGUGUUUUUCUCAAAUCCAAAUCUAUGGGGUUCAGGAUUAAUAGCAGCUCCGAUCAGUAAAGCUGUAGUCCCAGCUGCCUCUCCAGCACUCAAAAGAAAAGACAGCGCAAGCUUCGGGCAGAAAGAAAGUCCACAUGUUGCCAAAGAUUUUCCAGGUUCUUCAACUCCCGCCGAACAUCGAGAUGUUGUGAUGAAGCAUCGUCCUAACCCAACUUCUGGAUUGAGUGUAGAAACUUUGAAGAAAGAAUCCGAUGAAGUAAUUGUUAUUGAAGAUGGACCCACGAGCAAAUGCAUUAAACGACAUUCUUCUAAGCCGAAUAUUCAAUUAUUAGAACAAAGAACUAAAACCAAAGAACAUUUUCAGAAAGACAUUCAGAAACAAAAUGACACUCAAGAUACUUCGUCUCAGUCAAUUAAAGGAGUUGACCCUUCAAAUAUCAGGAUGAAGAUGCCACGGUUGGAAGCAGUCACUAGAUCCCCAAAUUCUGCAGAUAACACACAGGGACACGAAAAAAAAUUUUCAGACCCUCCACCACUUACGGCAGCAGCAGAUAUUACUGCCUUGAGUCAAGCGAGUACAACAUCCUCUGUGUAUCCUUCUUCUCUCUGGACACCUCACCAACCAGCGACAAGUUCAACUUCUUUCUCGAUUAAUACGUAUACAUCUGUCACGGCAUCUACUCAUCACCAGUCAUUAAAUACUUCGUACACCAAAAAGCACAAAAAUGCAGAUGUGGACAUGUGUAAGCCCCAAAUCAUGUUUCCAAGCAAUCAUCAAUUCAGUCAAAAUGUUGCAUCGUCGCUUCCACACAGCAUCAGAAAUCUCACUCAUGACAUAAAGCCUGCUGCGGGUUUGGACAUCGAAGAACCUGGGUGUUCACGUGCUGGAAAAUCUUCUCGUCAUCAAACUGAUCUUGGUCAUUGCCACCGGGUAAAACAAGUUGAUGUCGAUCAUACAAAAGAAGGGUCAAAUUAUCCAUCGCCUCCAAAGGAAUACCAAAGGGCUGAUGAUAUACCCCCGAAAUCAGCACUGCCUUAUGAUCCUUAUUGUUUUACCCAAGACAAAUCCGAAUACACUUUCAAUGACUCUGAGGGCGUUGUGUCACCACUAGAUGUGAGUGGGUUGAAAAAAGGUCGCAAAAAGUCUAUGUUACAGUACCUAACUAAUCCUGAAGAUUAUGUUGUUUUGAAGAAGAAGAAAACCAAUUACUCGGAUUCUACAUCUAAUCAACCAAAACUUGGGAAAGAAAAGAAGGAACUUCAAUCUACGUCCACCAAGUGUAUUGAUGGUACUUCUCCAAGUAGUUCCCAGGAAAAUUUUUUUUCGAAGGAAAUUAUUUCUGAAGAAAAUGAUAAUAUUAUCAAAUGCUUGAAACCGGAACUUAUUCAAUCGAAACACCGAAGCCAUUCAGGUUCUAAAGAAAAAUCCUUGACAAAGAAAUUAAAGAACAUUGAAUUUGAAGAAGGAUUCCGUAAAGAAGCGAAAAGAGUGUGUGCCAAAGCUAAAAAGAAACUCAGGAAACGACUGUUAGCAAGACUUUAUGAAGACCGAAGAGAAUCAGAAUCAGAAAAAGAAACUGAAAAGCUGUCGAAUAAAGAAGCAGAAAAGAAAAUACAGCAUUCAAAUCAAGCCAUUUCUCAGUUAAGCCUAAUAUGGCGGCAGCGUCGAUUGUUGAACAGCUGUCAGACAGUGAAAAGACGUCGGCUGAAAUCAGGCUUAGAUAUGAUUGCUAAGCCUAAUCGCAAAAAGAAGUCAAAAACGCUAACUUUGCAAAAACUUUUGGAGAAGGAACUUCUGAAGGAACAAGACGUAUCAAUUCCUUUAGAAGGCGCUUUUGAAGUAAUUGAGGGAAAACAGCUGCCGUUUGACUUUACCAGGGGGGCACCCCCGGAGAUGAAACGGAUCAUGGUAAACAAGGCCUUAGGCGAAACCAUUCUUCAUCGUGCCGCCAGGAUGGGGUACAAAGAAGUGGUUUUGUAUUGCCUAGAAACUAAUUACUGUGACGUCAAUUCUCGAGACAACGCCAGUUAUACUCCUCUGCAUGAAUCAUGUUCGCGAGGAAAUCUCGAGAUAGCAAGCGCCCUCGUACAAUAUGGUGGUGACGUUAAUGCGAGUGCAGCAGGGGGAAUUAGACCUCUGCACGACGCCGUGGAAAACGACCACGUUGAAAUUGUUCGCCUGUUGCUCUCUUAUGGCGCUGAUCCUACCAUUGCUACAUACUCUGGUCUUACUCCUCUCAAGUUGGCGAAGUCCUCCAUCAUGGCCGAGUUUCUACGUGGUUUUUUUGCCGACACAGUCGGGGAAACAACCAUGAAUGUGAUUCUUCCCUGGAAGUUCCCCGGUUCUGCUUGUUGUCUAGAUGCAGAGGAGACAGGUUAUGAUGUUUGGGACGGACUCCCUUUGGACUUGGAAGACGAGAACGAGGACAAAGACGACUUCCUGUUCGAGGUGAGCGACACUCCUCACCUCCCGACUUUUCGCCUGCAGUUGCCUGGCAACAACAGCAAGGCAAUGUGUAACUGUCUUCGACUUAUCGAUGUCCUAAAUAACACUGGUCUGACCAAAGAGAGGUUUCUCUCAAUGUACAGUUACGCUGAAAUAUUUCCCAUCCCCAAGCACGAAAUUGAAACAAGCGCAACCUGUAGUCAACUUCUGACAGGUACAAGAUUGGACAGUCUUUUAUCAGAUGCAACCAGUGAUGGAAGCACAACUAUUGACGUGGUACGACUGGACGACAACAUUAGAGACAUUUUGGGCAUCGAAACUGUAACGCUAAGAUAAUUGAGUAAUUUAAUCGUGAUAUUUAAUAUGUGACGAAUUAAGUUAUGUGCGGAAUCACAGGACGCCCAUAUUGUAGAAAUUAUCUACAUGAAAACUUUAAAUUAGGUUCAUAUCGGUUAGCCAUUGUUAAGCAAGGCGUAUGUAAAUCUAACAAAGAUGUUAUUUAUGUGAUUUCCUUUUACGAAUGAUUUGACACGUUCGAAACAUUCAGUGAUAAAAUUAAGAGGAUCGUAAAAUGAGAAGGCGCCGUCUAUAACCUGAGAUUAAUAAUAAUGUUUUUAUUACUUUCAGUCGUAUUUGUAAGGUGGAAAAAAACAACAACUGAUGAAAUGAGGAAGAACGUAACACCAUAUUUGUUGUGUUUUGUUAAUAUAUUGUGUAAAUGUUGUUUAUCAGAGAAAAAAAAUUAGUAAAAAAAGGAACAAAUAUUGUCAGCUAUUGUGAAGUUUGACGUUUAUAUGUGCUGCAUCCUCGUGCUGUAAAUAUGUAGAUAACAUGAUGAACGUGUGGUGACGUAACAGUGCCUAUUUCAUCCUUCAGCCUGAUCUGGUCAUCAUUCUUAAAAAAAUAAAUAAAUUAAAAGUCUUUUAUUA